CCUUGCGAGACAGGGACGGCCGGCAAAAUGGCUUCCACGAGACUGCUGGGAGCGUUUAGACAUUUAACACGGGCAAAUCCCUUCUUAAUUGAAGGGAGAUGCCUCCACACUACAGCAGGUCUUCAUGGACAAUACAUCACAUAUGAGAAGAAAGGGGAAGUGGCCGUUUUGCGGAUGAAUGAUCCAAAUAAAAAGGUGAACGUUUUGAAUGAGGAAGUGAUGACAGAAAUGAACGACUGCAUGGAUAGGAUAGAAUAUGACUGGGACAUACUGGGAGCUGUACUGAUUUCAGAAAAACCAAACUGCUUCAUUGCAGGGGCAGACAUCAACAUGAUUAAGGCAGCUAAUUCUGAAGAGGAAGUUUAUAAGAUUGCGAGAGCAGGGCAGGCCACUCUUGUUCGUAUGAAUCGUUUCCAGAAGCCGUUUGUGGCUGCUAUUAAUGGACAGUGCCUUGGUGGAGGUUUAGAGACUGCACUUCAUUGCCAAUACCGGAUUGCUGUUGACCGCAAAGAAACCAUCCUAGGUCAGCCAGAGGUGAAACUAGGACUGAUCCCUGGGGCAGGAGGCACCGUGAGGCUACAGGAAAUGCUCCCCACAAAAGAUGCUGCCGAUAUCAUGUUGACUGGCAAAAAUAUUAAUGCAAAGAAAGCAAAGAAGAUGGGACUUGUAGAUUCCUUGGUUCAGCCUUUAGGACCUGGAGUAGAUGAUCCAGACCAUGCCACACAGACGUUACUAGAGGAAGUAGCCAUCCAGGCUGUGCUAGAUAUGUGCACUGGAAAGAUAAGGAGACAGAGAAGAAGUGAUUACAUGAAAAUUGUGGAUUGGUUAAUAGAGGCAGACACAAAAUUCGAGAAAGACACUUUUCCCUACCUACGUACAUGGAAGCCACUUUUCUGGAAGAACGCUAGAAAACAGGUUGUGAAGUUAACUGGCGGCCAUUAUCCAGCUCCUCUGAAGAUCUUGGAUUUGAUGGAGGCACAAAUUGAUACCAGAAACAUGGAUGACUAUGAGUGGGAAGCAAAGGCAUUUGCGGCUUUAUCCCAGACACCACAAGCCAGGAGUUUGAUGCACCUUUACGAAGGAACCACCCACUGCAAAAAGAACACAUAUGGAGAACCCAAGAAGCCUGUUAAAAAUGUGGCAGUCCUUGGUGCUGGUCUGAUGGGAGCAGGUAUUGCUGAGGUCAGUAUUGACAAGGGUUACCACAUCACCAUGAAGGACAUGGCUCAGAGUGGACUGAACAGAGGAGUACUCCAGGUGGAGAAGUGUAUACAGACUAUGGUCAAGAAGAAGAAAAUUACCAGCUUUGAGGCGGAGGAGGUGAUGUCCCAUCUGAACCCUACGCUGACCUACGAGGACUUUGGCAAGUGCGAUCUCGUCAUAGAGGCAGUCUUUGAGGAUAUCAACAUCAAGCAUAAAGUGAUCAAAGAAGUAGAGGAACACAUCCCUGCCCACUGUAUUGUGGCUACCAACACCUCUGCCCUGCCAAUAAGUGAGAUUGCAAAGGCAAGCAAGAGACCAGAGAAUGUCAUUGGUAUGCAUUACUUCUCUCCUGUUGACAAAAUGCCCCUGCUGGAAAUCAUCACCACACCCAAGACAUCUCAGGAAGCUAAAGCUACUGCGGUGUCAGUGGGCUUGAAGCAAGGCAAACUGGUGAUUGUUGUGGGAGAUGGGCCUGGAUUUUACACCACAAGGAUAUUGGCUCCCAUGCUCUCAGAAGCUAUCCUUCUUUUGCAGGAAGGGGUAUCCCCCACAGACCUGGAUAAAGCCACCAAGGCCUUUGGCUUCCCUGUAGGCAUUGCCACUCUAGCUGAUGAAGUGGGUAUUGAUGUGGCAGCUCAUGUAGCUGAAGACCUAGGGAAGGCGUUUGGUGCCAGAUUUGGCGGUGGUGACCCCAUGGUGCUGAAGGAAAUGGUGUCCAAGGGAAUGCUGGGACGUAAAUCAGGAAUGGGCUGCUUCAUGUAUGAAGGACCUGGACAAGCUAAAACGAAAAAUGAAAAUGAAGAUGCAUUGGGAAUUCUUGAAAAUUACAAGCAGACGCCAAAAGUGGAAAACAGCGUAGAGAACAUCCAGAUGAGACUGGUGACCAGAUUUGUCAAUGAAGCCAUUUACAGUUUACAAGAUGGGAUUCUGAAAGAACCACUUGAUGGAGACAUGGGUGCCGUAAUGGGGCUUGGUUUCCCACCAUUUUUGGGGGGACCUUUCCACUAUGUAGACACAAUUGGAGCCAAGAAGAUGGUGAAGAUAAUGGAGGAGUUUCAGGAAGCGUAUGGAGAGGCAUUUGCUCCAUGCCAACUCCUUCUUGACCAUGCAAAGAAAAAGUCUACAAAGUUCUAUCCCAAAAAGUAACGAAAUCUAGAGACUAGGCAAAUUAUUAUACUUGUUCCAUUAUUGAAAAGAGUUAAACUGGACAGACUGUAUUGUAUAAGGUAUUGAUUGUUUAAGGCAAGAUAAAAUUUAUAGUGUUGUAUUCAGUAGCCUUGGAGCCUGGAGCACUGAAUUGUUCACAAGAUGGAUGCCGUCAUCAAAUUGACGUUUCAUGAGUUAUGCAAUUAAAGAUAGAGACACAUUUUCCAAUGGUAUUCUAGACUAGGUGCCCCUUUGCUGGUUUGACAUGCUGUGUCUUCUCAAUGGUGAAUAAAAUAUUACAAUUA